GAAAAGACAUCAAACAGGAAAACAAAAUUCAGACAAGACAGGGUUUUUGUGUUUUGUCUCCAACAAGAAUUUGAAAAUUUGGACCUUACUUGUGCACAUUUUUUCUUCUCCUCUUCAUCAAUAAUAAUAAUUGUCAAAACAAAAUCUUUACUGUCCCUACUACUAUCCUUUGUUACUGAAAAACAUUUUUACACUUGCCCCUUACACACAAAAAAGUCAAGAAUGGAGGGUGGCAAGAAAGAAGAAGCAGGUCCAUCACAUGGUGGUCUUAAAGUUAAUGAAGAAAAGAGGAAAGAAGAAAAAGAGGGAGAUAGCGAGGAAGAUGAGCAUUAUCAAGAUCUUGCUGAUGUUACAACAAGCUAUGUUCCUGGUCCUCUUCUUUCUCUCAAAGAUCAAAUUGAAAAGGACAAGGAGGAUGAAAGCUUGAGAAGGUGGAAAGAAAAGCUGCUUGGUUGCCUGGAAAGCGACUUAACUGGACAAAUGGAACCUGAAGUUAAGUUCCACUCAGUUGGAAUUCUUUCCUCUGACUUUGGGGAGAUAAAUACUCCAUUGCCUAUUGAAGAACAGAGCAAAUCUGUUCUCUUUACGCUCAGGGAGGGCUCUGAGUACCGGCUUAAGCUAACAUUUAGUGUUCUGCACAACAUUGUUUCUGGUUUGGCCUACACAAAUACAGUAUGGAAGGCCGGUCUUCAAGUUGAUCAAAGUAAGGGAAUGCUGGGCACCUUUGCUCCUCAACGAGAACCUUAUAUACAUAUGUUAGAAGAGGAGACCACUCCAUCAGGUGCACUUGCAAGAGGAACAUAUACAGCUAAACUUAAGUUUGUGGAUGAUGACAAAAGAUGUCAUUUGGAGCUCAACUAUUCGUUUGAAAUAAGCAAGGGUAGGUAGCCAAGGUGUCCCUGCAACUCUUUCUAGCCUUCUUGGAAACUGGAUAUUCGAUUGAAUUCUUGUCUUUGGAUUGUACCUUGUUUACUUGGAGCCACAUACAUAGCAAUAGCUUAGCAAAUAUGAUUUACUUUUACAGUUGAUCUCUUGCUGCCUUGUAUGAGAUUUGGAUGUUCUUUAUGUUACUACUUAAAGGUCUUUUAUUGAUAUAGCAAAA